CAGCUCACGAAACGUACCACAACAACAACAACGGACACGCACUUUGACGAAAUCUUCCAUCUCAUAACUUCCCUAUUACUAUCGCACAAACUCCCCCAAAAUGACCUCAGAAACCCCCACAAUACCCACCCUCCACUCCAAAGCCGAGUACCUCAAAGCCGUCAUGUACGAAGGCGUCACCAUCCUCGAAGGCACAGCAACAUGGUGCAAGAACUGCCACAUCGUCGCCCCCGAAGUCGCCAAGAUGGUGGCUGAGUACCCGAAUGUAAAGUUUUACACGUAUGAUGUAGAGGAGUGUGAGGAUAUUGCGCAGGAGCUGGGAGUGAGGAGUAUGCCGACGUUUAGUGUGUUCAAGGAUGGCGAUAUCAUGGAGGGGGUUACUGGGGCGAAACCGAAGGAGGUGAGGAAGGCUAUUGAGGGGUGUUUGUAAGGAGGGAAGGGAGAGGGUGUGAGGGAAGAAUGGUGGGGGUGAGAGAAUGCCAUGAUCCCAGACAGAGCCGCUACCGAGGCUCAUUAACUUUUUUUUUGUACUCGUCAAAUCUCACUGCACCGUCGAUGUAUGAGCAUUAAACUGCGGUGGAAUUGCGGCUGCCUAGCGCAGAGGUGAAGGCAGCUUCAAGAAGCGAAACGCCCUUUGCACGAUCAUCCCACGUUGCAAAGACCUUUCUCACCUGCUCGUAUAAUUUUCGACACAAUUCUUCCAAAGUUCCAUGAAGUUAACGCCGCAUCCAUUCUUCCUCAGUCACAGCAUCGACUCUUCCUGAUUGAUCCAUACCAAAGCGUUUCCGGCCAGACACGUAUCCAAUCCAGUACCACACGUUUCGGCAGUAUGUCGGGCUCCUACAGAGAGCAUUUACUGCGACGAGAAAUGAUAAGAACCGCAGAGUACGAAGAAGC